AGUUCAUUAAGGUGCCUUGGAUUAGAAUUUGGAACAAUCAAAUAUGUUGCAGUUUCCGGCAUUCAUGACGCGGUAUCCGUCAUCGACGAGGAUGAUUCCGACGUCGCUUCUUCUUACUCCGCAGUGGCCUCAGCCGCAUAGUGAGGAACUUCUCCUCGCCAUUGAAGAGUCCGAUUUCGAAGAUAAGUGUAAUGAGAUCAGGAAGAUAAACACUGAGCAAAUUGUGAUAGGGAAGAUGACAGAUGAUAAUGAGAAAGAAGAGUUGGACAAUGAUGCAGACGAUGAUGAUGCUGACAAUGCAGAAGAGUCUGAAGGUGAUGAGUUUGAGCAGGAAACUGUCUUUUCUAAGGCCGGACGGAGUGGGAGCAGGGAACGGUUGCGGGGAGCUUCCUGCUCGGCGGAACACCGCACCGUCGGUGCGGGGAAGGGUGGUGCGGGAAUGGGUGAGGGAAACCUCUCCCGCGUUCUCUCUCCUGCUGUGAUUCGUUGA